AAAAUUUGAUUCUGCAUCUGGCAACACUGAAAGAAAAUUUCUGGACGAAAAUUGUUGGAUUUCCGCUUUCAAUUAACAAUGAUGAAUUAAUUAGCACUCAAAUUAGGACAAGCCCGCGACCAACAAAUAAAGCUCAACGACCAGGCAAUAGGAAGCAAUGGCCGUACUGGGCGCACAACUGGUUAUCACUCUGGUGAUGGUCAGCGUCAUUCAGAAGCUAAGUCCCCACUACUCAUUUGCCAAAUGGAUCCUCUGCCGAACCGGACUCUUCCGCUACUUACAUCCCACAGAUGACGAACUACGCUCCCGCGGUGGCGUACCCAAGGAGAAGCCAACCAAAGGAUCUCGGAACAAGCACGCAAAUGGAACCGGAAACGCAUCUAGUGGACAGUUUCAUAUUCCACGCAGCAUCGAGGUGGAUCUGGAAACCUCGCCAGUACUGGAGCGUGACGUGGUUCACCUGCGCUACUUCACAGAGUACCAAUGGCUAUUAGAUUUUAGUGUCUAUGCUGGCAUUGUCUAUGUGGUGUCUGAGCUUUUCCAUUUCUACUAUCCGCUUCGUCAGGAGAUCAACCUAAGCAUGGUCUGGUGCCUUUUGGUCAUCUUCUUUGCGCUCAAACUCCUCUCCUCACUCACAGUGCUAUACUUCCAAAGCGAUGAGUCCAUCGGCGAGAGGUCGAUGGUGAUUGUCGCCUGUCUGGUAUACCUGCUAGUGGCCAUGAUGGUGCUCAUCGUAGACGAACGCAUCCUAGAAACCGGCCUUGAGGAUGCCUACACCAGCUUUAACGCAAGUGCCUCCAAAUUUCUCACCGAGCAGGGUCUACCUUCAUCGGGUCCCGCCUCUAAGAUCGUGGUAAAAUUCUUCUUAGCCAUGGGCUGCGGUCUACUCGGGUCGCUGUUCACUUUCCCUGGUCUGCGUAUGGCCAAGAUGCACUGGGAUUCCCUAAAGUACUGCCGCGGUAACCGUUUUCUGCAAGUACUGCUGAAUCUCAGCUUUGUGCUGCCCUUCAUCCUAGUCAUUCUGUGGAUCCGGCCAAUCAGCCGCGACUACCUAACAGUCCGCGUCUUUCAGGGCAUGCAGCAGCCACUACUAAAGCCCCAUGUCUUUGAGACUCUGCGACUCCUGCUGGUUGUGUUCGUGGUGCUGGUUCGCUUUGCUCUCAUGCCCAUCUAUUUGCAGUCGUACCUGAACUUGGCCCACGAUAAAAUCCUCGACCUUCGCAAAGAGGCUGGCCGUAUUACCAACGUAGAGUUCAAGCAAAAGAUCUCCUCCAUUUUCUACUAUCUGUGCGUUGUGACGCUGCAGUUCGCGGCACCGCUUAUUCUGUGCCUGUAUCUGACAUUAAUGUACAAGAGCUUGGGUGGAUUCAGCUGGACAGGAAUUUUCCGGGAGAGUGUUGUCCUCCAGCACGAGUGUGCCGCCAGCGAGAUCGAGUCCGCCGUGGCUGCGCCCGAAGGAGAAGGCGAAUUUAAUAUUCUGGAAUCGGCACAAUCGCUACAGGCGUCGUUUAGUAGCUUGAAAAACGUGUUCUCCACGGAAGUGUACAAGGGCUUUUUAGGAUUCGCCACUUGGUGGAGCUAUUUCACGCUAUUCGCUACAUCCUCGCUGGGCAUUGUCUACCAGUCCUACUUCAACAAGACCUAAGACAACUGAGCUUUACUCGACCGUACCAUAAACUCGUAGUCAAAUUAUGUUCUUUAGUAGUUUAUUCUAAUCCCCACAUGCAUUUGAUAUUGUUUUCUUAUAAGUACAUAUUAUUUAUCACGUCGUAUUGUAAAUAAUACUACUUCAGUCAUUGUUUAUCAAGUUUUGUAAUAAAGACUUCUAACCACGCUGCCCUAAGAGUAACAAA